AUGUCGACCAGCUCUGUGCCUCCGCCCCUGUCUCCUGCGUCCCCGCCUUCGUCCGCGUCGCGUGUCUCCUCUGCGCAACGCCCCGCAGUUGCCAUUCCCGGCCUCUCGUCCAGUUCUGCGCUGACUCGCCCCUCGGUCGCCUACCCGUCCCCGCCUUUCCACGGAACCCGCAGCAUGCAAAAGGGCGAGAGGAACAAAAUGCGCAACCUCAAGUUCCUGAAGUUUCGGUGCGUCCUGGGCGCGUGCCUCCUCCACUUCUGUCUCGGCGGCUGCCACACCAUCGGCAAUCUCCUCCCGUACUUGGUGGGGCGCAUUCGCAGCCAGCAAGCAACUUCCGCCGUCUCCUACCAGGAUGGACUGAGCAUCUACGCGUGGGCAGUGAUCUGCCAGGGCGUUGGAGGCUUCAUCGGCACAACGGUGGAAAAGCGCAUUGGGACCAAAAGAACUGCCCUUUUGGGAAGUGCGUGGAUGACUCUCGGCCUGGCGCUGUGCGGUGUAUGUUCACACGACCUCUCUCUGUUUCUGAUAGCCUACGGGGUCGUUACAGCGCUCGGCUGCGGGGUAUCGUACCCGGGCCCUUUGGCUGCGGCGCUGAAACUGUCUCCUCCCCAAGACAAAGGCUGGGUUAGCGGCCUUCUCUUUUUUGCGCGCGGCCUCAGCGUCUGUUUCCUCUGCCCCCUGCAGAGCUUCUUCCUUCACCAGCCUGAAGCCAUCCUCUCUGUGCUGCCGCCGGUUCUCCUGCCGUACCUCUCUGCCUUCGGAUCCGACGGAGGAUUUCCGCUUCGCCCGCACGCGACAAAUGGAAAACGAUCUCCGCCUCCUCUCUCGACUGGAGGCGAAAGAUUCCUCACUGACCAGGCUAUCCUCGACCGCCUGCCGAGUCUCUUUUUCGUCAUGGGGGGCGUCAUUGCAUGCAUCCAGCUGGUCGGGCUUCUGCUCCUCGUAGAUCCCGAGCGCGCAGGGGCAACUGACGAGGCGUCACCAGACGCGGGCGAAUGCCAGGCGCUUCUCUACGAAGAUCCGCGAGCCGCUUCGAAUGCGCCCACGUCGGCCUCGUACUCGUCGUUUUCCUCUUCGCAGAUGUUCUCGUCUCUCGUCCUAACCCCCCAGGACAUUUGCAGUUCGCCCUCGUUCUGGCUUCUGUUUCUGAUGCUGCUCCUCUCUUGGCAAUCGCUCUUCUUCGUGCAGCUCUUCUGGAAGGUUCUCCCUCUCUACCCUGAAGCCGCGCUCGCCUCGGAGUCGGCGUCUGUGCCCAACUCGCUCUUCGCUGCGCUCAUGCGACGCCUGCCUCGCGCGGGCCUGAAUGCGCAUGCAGUCGGAAACGGAGAUCCGUGGAGCCUCACUGGUCCCUCCUGGGACUUCGCCAACGACUUUCUCCUCAGCUGCCUCGGCGCCCUCCUCGGCGCACUCUGUUGCUUCGGCCGCCUCCUCUGGGGAUACAUCGGCGGAGGUCUAGGAUACAUGCGGAGCACGGUGGUGAUGAACGCCCUGACGGCCCCUUGCCUCUUUGUUCUCUCCACCUACGCCCUCCAGUCGCCGCAGCUCUACGCCGCGUGUCUCGCGAUGAUCAACAUUUGCCACGGCGGCACCUUCUCGCUCUUUCCGUCGGUGACGAGCGACUUGUUCGGACACAAAAACGUCGGACCCGUUUUCUCGUUGCUGUUCGCCGCACGCCUUGCUGCGGUCGCCCUCGCAUCCAUCUGGAUCAACACCGCCCUGACCUACGGCGGCCUGCACGUCGUUGUCGGUGUCCUCGGCGUGUGUCACCUAGUAAGCAUAGGCGCGACUUUCUUCUUCCACCCCACUGACGCGCUGCCCUACCGUUUCCCAACUUACGCGCCCUGA